UUAGCGCCUUAAGCGCCGCGGCGGCCUGAGGAAUGUCAACUAUUCAACAUGGAGGAGGAGGUCGAUAAGCUGGAAUUGAUGUUCCAGAAAGCUGACUCUGAUCUGGAUUACAUUCAAUACAGGCUGGCAUAUGAAAUCAAGACUAAUCAUCCUGAUUCAGCAGGCGAGAAAAAUCCAGUUACACUCUUACAGGAAUUGUCAGCAAUAAAGUCUCGAUAUCAAACUUUGCAUGCACGCUUUAAGCCAAUUGCUGACGAGCAGAAAGAGACUAAGAGCCGCAUUUGUGCUACUUUCAAUAAGACUAUGACCAUGAUACAAGAACUACAAAAGCAAACAGACCUGGAGCUGUCACCACUUACCGAAGAAGAGAAAACUGCAGUACAGCAAUUAAAAUCUCACAUGCCAGACUUAUGAAGAAAUAGACUUGCAAAAGGGAACCCUAGUGGAGAAAAGAGAUCAAUUCCAGAGAAAUUUAGGAAGAUGUCUUAUUAGCAGUUGGUAACUAGAGGUGGGGUGUGGUAAAAGAAAAGAUUUAGCCUGGGUAACUAGAUACUGAUGCCUUUCACAAGAAAGAGGAGUAUAAGAAGGGCAGAUAUGAAUAAAUUUCAGUCAAAAGGAUGGAGUGGGAAAAAAGGCAUUUAAAUAAUAUAUGCAAACACGCUUAGUUUUGCAAUUUAGGCAAGAAAGUCUUAACAUUAUUUUGCAUCUGUUUUUGUAUAAUCAGGAUAACAGAUGUCCUGGGCUAUCAUUAAAGAAUGUUUAUGUACUAUCAGUCAAAUAUGAAUGAGCAUGCAUUGGAAAUUAAAAGAUAGAAAAAAUAUUUGUAUUAUAUUAUACAUUUUAUAUAUAUGUAUAGAAUUUUCUGUUUUUGAAAAUUUUGAUUGAAGAUGUAUGUGGUCACAUUAUCGGUGAGACUGCUGUGUGACCGAUGGUCGCCCAUAAAACUUAACUUUUGUAAUAAACUGGUUUUUCUGUGACAGCC